UGACAUGUUGAUAAUCAGCUGAUAGCAAAAUAGCAAAAAUUGUUUUUUGUAAAUAAAAAUAAAAAAAGAUCCUAAUUUUGUGUUAAAAAAAAUAUAAUUUGUGUAAUAUAUUUUUAACUUUUAAAAAUAUACUUUUGUUUUAAAACUUAAUAGCAUAAAAAGGUGUCAUAAAAAAUGAGUUUUUUAAGUUUAGCUUUAAGAAGAUUGAAAUUUCCAAGAAAAGCUUUGGCUAGCAUUGCAACCACGUCAAUUAUCCCUAAAUAUAAAGUUUGUUCACAGUUUCAAAUAUUCUUACCAGUAACAGUAGGACCUCAAGUAAAAAGUUAUUGUUCAGAACCAAAUCCACCCGAAAUUGUUAUAGCUUAUUAUGAUGAAAUAAAAAGUUUACCUGAUCAUCCUGAGAAACUUUUGAUUGACGUUCGAGAGCCAGAAGAAUUGAAGGAAACAGGGAAAAUUCCUACGAGUAUUAACAUACCUCUUGCUGAAGUACAAGAUGCUCUUUCAGUUCUUGAUGUAAAAACUUUUAAAGACUUGUAUGGGAUCGAGAAACCAUCAAAAGAAAAAAAUAUUAUAUUCUAUUGUAUGAUCGGAAAAAGAAGCCAUAAAGCCAGUGAAAUCGCUUUAAAAUUAGGAUAUAAAAAUGUUAAAAAUUAUUUGGGUUCCUGGUCAGAAUGGGUAGAACACGAAAGAAAUUAAAAAAAUUAACUGUUUACAAUUUUUAUAGCAAUUUCUUUUAAGUUAAAAACGUUAGCGUAACUCUUGGAAGUCAAACAUCAGAAGAAGAUUUUAAACGAACUUUUAGUAGAUCUAAGCCUCAUUAUGAAUCAAUAAUUAUAUUUUCAUGUAAAUCAGGGAAACGUGCCUUAAAAGCCUAU